UCUAAAAAAAAAUUACAACGAAACUGAGUGGUAGCUUUUCGCUUUGCUUGAUAUGUGUCCUCUGACGUGACCUCUACUCUCGCCUCGUUUGGAGAAUGGUUCAAAGCUGUUGCUGAUGGGCUUGAAACUUGGGGUUUCAGCUGAUUGGGUGUUGCAGCAUAUUGCGGGCCUAACGUAGUUUUCUUGGGCCAACGGGCCUUACUCUAGUAAGGUGAACCAUACAGAAACCAAAACAAUGGGCUGGGGUUAGCUUUUAAAACUAUUUUAUUUAUUUAUUUUAAUUAUCUUUCAUUUCAAGCGAGGGUUGUAAAACAAGUGGAACGCGGCGCUGAGUGACUGUGAUCGAACGAACAUGCUCAUCAAGACCAGGAGUUUAGCUUUAACUCCUUGCCUACCCGUUCAUACCAUCAUCGGCAGUGUCAGUAGUAAAUUGAAAAUGGACAGAAGCGGCAAAAUGAGUACGAGGACAAGCACGGGAGGAAGUAGCAGCAGCAAGGCAGCACCAACAAUGCGGGAAUUUGUUAGGGUGGACGGCGGUGCCGGUACCAGAAGCCAACCUGAAGUUAUCAAAUUCCGUCUUGUAUCAUACAACAUUUUGGCUCAGGUGUACGUCAAGAGCUCUCUGUUUCCGCAUUCUCCGUCUCCUUGUCUCAGAUGGAAGGCUCGUUCACAAGCAAUUUUAACUCUUCUUAAAAACCUUGGAGCUGACUUCUUUUGCCUUCAGGAAGUAGAUGAGUAUGAUUCCUUUUAUAAAAGAAAUAUGGAGGACCAUGGAUAUUCUAGUAUAUAUGUUCAGAGAAGUGGACAGAAGCGUGAUGGGUGUGGAAUAUUUUAUAAGAACAACUGUGCAGAAUUCCUUUCAAAGGAAACAAUAGAAUACAAUGAUCUUGUAGACGUGAUACAGGGUGAAACCUCCUUAUCUGCUGACAAGCAGAAUGAGACACUGACCAAUACAAAUAAUGGUGCUGGUCCAAAGAAUGUUCACUGCUUGGAUGAUCUGUUAUCAGAUUCUUCUGUUAAAGAGCAUCAUGGAGAUCCCAAUGAUCCACGUGUAAGAUUAAAACGAGAUUGUGUAGGAAUAAUGGCUGCCUUUAAACUCAAGGAUCCUUUUCAUCAUGUUGUUAUUCUGGCCAACACACAUCUUUAUUGGGAUCCAGAGUGGGCUGAUGUUAAGCUUGCCCAAGCCAAAUAUCUUUUAUCACGCUUAGCUCAGUUUAAAACACUGGUAACAGACAAAUUUGAAUGUACUCCAUCAUUAAUUUUGUCUGGUGACUUCAAUUCAACUCCCGGCGAUAAGGUUUAUCGGUAUCUUAUUUCUGGCAACUCUUUGUCAACAUCAUCAGUUAGAUGUUUGGAAGAACUUCCCCUUCCCUUGUGCAGUGUUCAUGCUUUCACAAGAGGAGAACCACCAUUUACAAACUGCACCCCGGACUUCACAAAUACGCUUGACUACAUUUUCUUUUCCCCAUCUGACUGCCUAAAACCUGUUAGUAUUCUCGAACUUCCAGUGUUGGAUUCACCUGAUAUUACUGGUGGAUUGCCAAACUAUAGCCACCCGAGUGAUCAUCUGCCAAUAGGUGCUGAAUUUGUAAUUACUAAAGACUAAAAUAUUCGAGUUUGAAUCUGCUGGAUUCUUUUCUCGCUGGAGAAUGGAGAAAGAGAUAAAAGGGCCAGAGAAAGCUAAGAAAUCUCUCAAAGAUCUGUUUAGCAGGUAAUGUGUGGCUUUCCAAUUUAUUUGGUAGAAACAUUUGAUUUUUCAAGCCUGUAACAAGCUGACAAAUAACUAGACAUUUUUGGUUUUGGAACUCGUUAUUAGAGUGAAUGCAAUAUUUUUUUAGGAUAACACUUUAAAUUUGUUAUUGUUCUGUAAGUUGCUUUUGAGAAGAUAUGGUAGGUUUAAUGAUAUUCUUGGCUAUUAAUGUCUCGUAGAUCUCAUGUAUGAUACUUUGGGGUUCAGGCUGGGGCUGUGGGGCAUCUAUUCUGAGUCUAUUUAAAGGGGAACUGGAUUAAAUUGUCCUAAGCAAUCAAUUUUCAAUCGAGGCCAAAAGACGUACCAAAUUCCUCAUGUGACAUGUUACUGUAUGUCUCUAGUUUCGAUUUGUUUGACAUUUCCCAAACGCCGUUAAAGUGAGAUAAAUCCCAGACAACCUGCAAACAUAAUGUAAUUGCUGCUUAUUCUUUGUAUUAGAUCAUCCAGUCUUGUGGCCUUUAUCGUUUGUAAUUGUUCCAAAUAAGAUAAUUUUGUACUACAUGGAGUCGCCAAUGCAAUGCCAGGAGAUGAGAUUAA